AUGGCAAAUCCUAAGGUUUUCUUUGAUAUGACCGUCGGCGGCGAUCCUGUCGGCCGGAUUGUAAUGGAACUCUUCGCUGAUGUGGUUCCAAAGACAGCCGAGAACUUCCGUGCUCUUUGCACCGGCGAGAAAGGCGUUGGCAAGUCCGGCAAGCCGCUUCACUACAAAGGUUCAAAGUUUCACCGUGUGAUCCCUAACUUCAUGUGUCAAGGCGGUGACUUCACUGCCGGAAAUGGAACCGGCGGUGAGUCAAUCUAUGGAGCUAAGUUUGCUGAUGAGAAUUUCGUGAGGAAGCACACUGGACCUGGUGUGCUUUCUAUGGCUAAUGCUGGUCCAGGAACGAACGGAUCUCAGUUCUUUAUCUGCACUGUGAAGACCGACUGGCUUGAUGGGAAACACGUCGUUUUUGGUCAAGUUGUUGAGGGCAUGGAUGUGGUGAAGGCUAUUGAGAAGGUUGGAAAAUCAAGCGGCCAGACUUCUAAGCCUGUUGUUGUUGCUGACUGUGGUCAACUCUGUUAG